CAUCCAACGCCAACUACACACCACACUUGUACACUUGAUCUAUACCGCUUCCUUCACAAUGUACCGAGCAUCCAAUUUACGUUCCAGCAUUGUCCAUGUCCGUGCCCCGACUGUCAUCCUUCCUGUCGCGCGUAGGACGUACGCAACUCAGCCUCCCCCAGCGGGACAAUCGUCCUCCAAUCCAAAAGUUGGCCCUUCCACCGAUGGUGGUGGACACAACAACGGCCUCAUUAUCGCAUCUGCUGUUGCGGCACUCGGGGGAAUGUACUAUUUCUACAACCGCGACAGGGGCGUCAGUCUUCAGGAGCAAAAACGCAGAGAUGAAGAGGACCUGAAGCGGGCGAUGCGCGCAGCACAGGGUGAUAUAAAGCAAGUCGGGGAGGCAGAGAAGGCAAUGGUUGAGGAUAGCCUUAAAGAAGCUAAGGAGAGCUAUGGUGCCGCGAAGGCCUCAGCUAAAGAGAAAAUAAGUGGAUCCCGCGAAAAAGUAGACGAAGCUCGCUACGACCUAACCGAACAUGCACGGCAGACAGCACAUGAAGCACAAGCAAAAUUAAAUCAGUACAAGAAUGCAGCUGAGAGAUCCCUAGCGGACGCUAGGAAGACAUCCGAACAAAAAUUUGAGGAGACGAAAGACGCCGUCGUACAACGCGCAGAUGAGGCCAAGGAUGCAGGCCAAAGCUGGUUUGGAUGGGGCCAGUCAAAGACAGAUGAGGCGAAACGUGAAGGCGCCCAGAAAGUUGCAGAGAAUGCAGAAGAUGUUAAGAAGAGGGCAGAGAGACAGGCAUGAGAUUUGCAAUGACUUGGAUGGACAUUCGACGAGCUGUACUCCUGAAUUGAUAUUGUAAAUACUUUACCCUAUAUUGCACGUUAUUCUUUCUGAGCUGCAAUGACCUUAUCACAGUGAGAGAUGUCAGUGAGCGCUUGAGAUCGGUGGUUAGCUC